UGGAGUAUGGGGCACAAGUGGGUGCGGCAGGGGAAGGGCACACCAUCCCUAUAUAAGCUUCGGAGAGCCAGACACUCAAGUCGCAGCAGAGGCAGCAGCAAGACUGCCUAAGCGCCCAGCAGUAGAAGACCGGGGCUGGUGGCCACCUUCUGCUCCAGGAGUGCCACCAUGCUCAGGGGUCAGCAGCUGCUGCUAUUGCUGUUCUUCAGGGGAUCACUAAUCAAUGCUGGUGCCUGGACUGGAGAUGUCACCGAUUCCAACACUGAGGAUAGUCUGCAAUCCUCCUCAGAAAAGGGCUGGUGCUCCACGUGGGGAGCUGAUCACUUUUCCACCUUUGACCACCAUGAGUAUGAGUUCAAAGGGAUGUGCAAUUAUAUCUUUACGGCCACGUGUGGGGAUGCCUCGCCCACCUUCAGCAUCCAGCUGCGGAGAGAUAGGGAUGGGAACAUCUCCCGGAUCAUCAUGGAACUGGGGGCCUCUGUGGUCACCGUGAACAAAGCAAUCAUCUCUGUCAGGGACAUUGGGGUUGUUAGCCUGCCCUACACCAGCAAUGGCCUCCAGAUCACACCGUACGGCCAGAGCGUGCAACUGGUGGCCAAGCAGCUGGAGCUGGAGUUGGUUGUCAUGUGGGGACCAGAUGCUUAUCUUAUGGUCCUGGUAGAGAAGAAGUACAUGGGCAAGCUGUGUGGGCUGUGUGGGAACUUCGAUGGGAAGACAGAUAAUGAAUUUCUAAGCGAGGACGGCAAACUUCUGGAACCUUACAAGUAUGCUGUACUCCAGAAGCUAGAUGAUCCCAAUGAGAUCUGUGCCUAUGAGGCUAUUCCCAGCCCUACCACCCUGAAGACCAGAUACGCCCAGAUCUGCAACCAGCUACUGACCCUGGUGUCCCCUGCGUGUGAUGUGCCUAAGGAGUCACUGGUGCUGAGCUGCCAGGCAGACAUGGCUGAGUGUGCCCAGCCAGGCCAGCAGAAUUGCAGCUGCGCCACCCUGUCUGAGUACUCCCGUCGCUGCAGCAUGGCCGGCCAGCCUGUCCGCAACUGGAGGACCCCUGGACUCUGCCCCGUGGGCCAGUGCCCAGCCAACCAGGUGUACCAGGAGUGCGGUGAGGUCUGCAUCAAGACUUGCUCCAACCCACAGCACAGCUGCUCCAGCUUCUGCAACUUCGGCUGCUUCUGCCCCCAUGGUACACUGCUUGACGACAUAUCCAGAAACCACACCUGUGUGCCAGUCAGCCAGUGCCCCUGUAUGCUCAAUGGUGUGAUUUACGGCCCUGGGGAGAUCACGAGAACAGCCUGCCAAACCUGCCAGUGUACCAUGGGCCGCUGGACGUGCACAGAGCAGCCAUGUCCUGGGCACUGCUCCCUAGAAGGUGGUUCCUUUGUCACAACGUUCGACGCCAGACCCUACCGCUUCCAUGGCACCUGCACCUACACGCUUCUCCAGAGCCCGCUGCUACCCAACAAAGGCACCCUCCUGGCUGUGUAUGACAAGUCAGGUUACUCACAUUCAGAGACCUCCCUAGUGUCUGUCAUCUACCUGUCCAAGAAGGAUAAAAUUGUGAUCUCAACGGAUGAAGUGAUCACCAACAAUGGAGACACCAAGGUGCUGCCAUACAAGACACACAACAUCACCAUCUUCAGGCAGACAUCUACCCACCUCCAGAUGGCUACCACCUUUGGCCUGGAAGUCGUGGUCCAGCUACAGCCUGUCUUCCAGGCGUACAUCACAGUCGGGCCCCAGUUCAGAGGCCAGACCAGAGGGCUCUGCGGCAAUUUCAACGGAGACACGACAGAUGAUUUCACGACCAGUAUGGGCCUUGACGAAGGCACCGCCUCACUCUUUGUGGACUCAUGGCGUGCAGGGAACUGUCCAGCUGCCCUGGAGCGUGAGACUGACCCCUGCUCCAUGAGCCAGCUCAACAAGGUGUGUGCAGAGACCCACUGCUCUAUGCUGCUGAAGAAGGGCAGUGUGUUUGAGAAAUGCCACACUGCAGUGAACCCCCAGCCCUUCUACAAGAGGUGUGUGUACCAGGCCUGCAACUACGAGGAGACCUUCCCUCACAUCUGUUCUGCACUGGGGGCCUAUGCCCAUGCCUGCUCCUCCCGAGGCAUCCUGCUCUUGGGCUGGAGGAGCAGCGUGGACAACUGCACUGUGCCUUGCACUGGCAACCGCACGUUCAGCUACAAUAGCAAGGCCUGUGACCGCACCUGCCUGUCCCUGUCGGACCGUGAGACAGAGUGCCACACGAGUGCUGUGCCGGUGGAUGGCUGCAACUGUCCCGAGGGCACCUACUUGAACCACAAGGCAGAAUGCGUGCACAAGGCCCAGUGCCCCUGUCUGCUGGACGGAUCCAAGUUCGUCCAGGCUGAUCAGUCAACCAUGAUCAAUGGAGUCAUAUGUUACUGCAUCAAUGGCCGCCUGAGCUGCCCACGGCAGGCAGAGAUGUUCUUGGAAACCUGCCUAGAGCCCAAGACCUUCCAGUCCUGCAGCCAGUCAUCAGAGGACAAGUUCGGGGCUGCAUGUGCCCCCACAUGCCAGAUGCUGGCCACAGGCAUUGACUGUGUACCCACCAAAUGUGAAUCUGGCUGUAUUUGUCCUAAGGGGCUCUAUGAGAAUAGCGAUGGGCAGUGUGUGCCUGCAGAGGAAUGCCCAUGUGACUUUGCAGGGGUGUCCUAUCCUGGUGGUUCUGAGCUCCAUACUGACUGUAAGACCUGCACUUGCUCACAGGGAAGGUGGACCUGCCAGCUUAGCACGCAAUGCCCAUCCACCUGUGUCCUCUAUGGCGAAGGCCACGUCAUAACUUUUGACGGACAGCGCUUUGUGUUUGAUGGCAACUGCGAGUACACUCUGGCCACGGAUGACUGUGGUGCCAACAGCUCACAGCCUACCUUCAAGGUCCUGACAGAGAACGUCAUCUGUGGGAAGUCAGGAGUCACCUGCUCCCGAGCCAUCAAGAUCUCCCUGGGUGGGCUAUCCAUCACAAUGGCAGGCAGAAACUACACAGUCAGCGGGGAAGAACCCUUGGUGCACCUUCAGGUGAAGCCCAGCCCCCUGAAUCUGGUCCUGGACAUAGACAUUCCUGGAAGGCUCAACCUGACACUUGUGUGGAACAAGCACAUGAGUGUCUCUAUCAAGAUCAGCCGCGCCACCCAGGAUGCCCUCUGUGGCUUGUGUGGCAACUCCAAUGGGAACAUGAAGGAUGACUUUGAGACACGCAGCAAGUACGUGGCAUCCAGUGAACUGGAAUUUGUGAACUCAUGGAAGGAGAAUCCACUAUGUGGGGAUGCAAGUUACGUGGUGGAUCCCUGUAGCCUAAAUACCUUCCGGCGCUCCUGGGCUGAGCGCAAAUGCAACAUUAUCAACAGCCAGACCUUUGCCGCCUGCCACAGCAAGGUAUACCACCUGCCCUACUAUGAGGCCUGCGUACGUGAUACCUGUGGGUGUGACAUGGGUGGAGACUGUGAAUGUCUGUGCGAUGCAGUGGCUGCCUAUGCCAAGGCCUGUCUGGACAAGGGCGUCUGUGUGGACUGGAGGGCCCCAGACUUCUGCCCCGUCUACUGUGACUUCUACAACAUCCACACACUGGUGGGUGAGAACGAAUACCAGUAUGCUCAGGAGGCCAACUGCACGUGGCACUACCAGCCCUGUCUCUGCCCUGGCAGCUUGGGGACUUUCCCGGACACAAACAUUGAAGGCUGCUACAACUGCUCCCAGAAUGAGUACUUCGACCACACAGAAGGGACCUGUGUACCCUGUGCACCACCCGCUACCACACUACCGCCAGCCACCACAGGUUCACAGCCUACCACAGCAACCCCCACCAGCACUGAGUUCCGCAGUUCCAGCUCUGCAGCUACACCCAUGGGCCCCUCCAACUUCCCAGGGAUUCCGACUCCACCACCUUCAGCUCCAUCUUCCACUGAGGAAGUAACAGAAUGGACCACCCCCAAGAAAUCUACAGUCUCCUCAGGAGAAUACUCUCCGACUACUGUGGGUACCACACCAAUGACAUCACGUUUGCCUCCUACAUCCAUACCGAAGUCAACACCUACAAGGCUUCCAGUGACACAGGCUACAACUAAGCCCACAGCAUCUUCCUCCAGCUCGUCCACAAAGACCACAGCUGAGUUCACAGAGAGUACCACAGUGACAUCACUAACCUCAGCAAAACCUGGGAUGUCCACCAGCCAAGUGACAUCAGCCCAACAGGAAAGUCACCGUCCAGCCACAACCAGCCGAGCAACUGAGACCACAGAACUACCUCUCUCGGGAAAGACUACCCUAACCACACAACAAACAGGGCAAAGCAAUACCCUACCAACACCUACUACAAGUACUUGGACCCAAAACACAUUAUCACAAACCAAGCCGACUCUCAUGACCUGGACCACACACCCUCAACCAACCGCUUCUUUCCACAAAACCACAUCAGCAUCCUUAACACACCCUUCCAAAACAACACAGCAACGGUCCACAUCACUUCAUCCCACUACAGUAUGGAAAACAUCAACAAUGGGUCCCUGCUACUACCAGUGGAAGCUCCUCACCUUCUACCCUAGUGUCACCCUCCAAGCCGGACUCUUCCAUCUCUCCACCUGCUCUUGGGCCUCCAUCUCCAGAGACCUGCAGCUUGCAGGAAGAGGAGCGAGAGAUCACCUACCAAGGCUGCACAGCAAAUGUGACUCUAACUCGCUGCCAGGGUUUGUGUGCCUCCUCUGUCAGUUUCAAUACCGACACCCUGCAGUUGGAGACCCACUGUGGCUGCUGCCAGCCCCUCAAUAUCUAUGAGAAGCAAGUCUCCCUGCCCUGUCCAGAUCCCAAUGCACCAGGUCAGCAGCUCACACUCACCCUCCAAGUGUUCAGCAGUUGUGCAUGUAGCUCCCUGCAAUGCAA